ACCGCAUUGGAAAAUGAGAAUCUGUGUUUGUAAACAUGAUUUGAUAAGAUCCUCGAUAAGAAAACCAAACAUGAUAAAAGUAAAACUUCGGCAAAAGGAUCAAAAUUGAUGUAGUAAUACUAGUAAUUAAUAAAAUUAAUAUUUAUGAUCAUCUGACAAAAAAAGGACUUGCAAUAGCCUAAAAGGUUGAUUCGAGAAUUCGUUUAAUAGAAGGAUCUCAUUUACAGUCCAGAUGUCACGUUGGUCUAAAAACCAACACUCUCCAGACCAGUGCUACUUGUACUACAAACACAGUGUUUCAAAACCACCGGAACCUUCGCCCGGACCCAUAAAUGUAGCCGGGGAAUACUCUAAAUGCCAUGACGUAUCUGUAAAAGUUGGAGAAGCAAUUUAUCCUAUGAAUCGCUUACAACUAGCUCUAGUAUCCAACUACUUCGAAAAAUUAUUCGUCGAGGGUUUCGUCGAGAAAGAUCGCGAGCUUGUGGAAAUUCAUGCUUUUGACAGCAACACGUUCUCUGCCAUAAUCGACGUAAUUAAUGGAAAAGAUCUAAAGUCGCUUAUAAAUGCCAACACUUACGUUUCAUUACUGAUAGCCAUGGAUUACUUGGAAAUGGAAAUCAAUUUGGAACCAUUCGAAGAGUUCAUGAAGACGUACACGAAACAAGAUAUGCCUUUCGAUACACAAAUGCUCGAAUUGUAUAGGUUAAUUGCAACGAAUCGAGAUUUCAAAGAUCUGAACUUCUAUCUUUAUUACUACUUAUCCUGUCAUUUCACGGAUUUCGUAAAUUAUCCAGAAUUUCUGAUUUUACCUCUCGAUGAUCUCAUUGAUAUUAUCAAGAUUCAACAAGAUGUAAGCAGAUUGUCGUGUUCCGAUGAAAUGAAUAUAAUCUGUCAAGUUUGUGUGAAAUGGAUCCUUCACGAUGUUGAAAAACGACUGAAUAAUUUUGUGAAACUAGCGAAUGCUGCGAAUUAUAGGCUUCAUCGGUCUUCGCUUCAAAUAAAUACUGAUUGCGUCAACGCUAGAUUGAAUAACAUGAAAGGUGAUAGGAAAGAAGAACAAAUCCGAAGAUAUUUUCACCAGUUACUGAAUUAUAGUGGAGAAAUUCACCCUAAUGACUCUGAAGAUCCAGGUAUAAGCAAAGAAACAAUCCUACCGUACAGAAAAGUAUGUCACAAACUUAAUGGGAGAGAUGUGAAAGAAAAAUUGGCGAAAAUGCUGGAAAACGGAUAUUUGUGCGAUGCGACGAUUGAAGCUGGUGUAAAAACAUAUAAACUUCAUCAGUGCGUGCUGAAAACGGCAUCGGGUUAUUUUGCAGACCUUUUUUCAGCCAAAAGCUGCGAGCCAUUAUCAAUCCACGAAGAUAAAGGUAAAAAACAUGUGAUAAAUAUUGAUGAAAAUACUUUCGACGCGAUUGUCAAGUUCAUGUAUUUCGAUGAUAUUUCGUUAAAUGCAUUCGAGCAAUCUAUGAAAAUACUGAGAGCGGGAAAGAUUUUAAAAAUCAAUACACUAAUAGAAAAAAGUUUAUCUUGGAUGGAAAGUAACGCGAAAGAUUUGAGCAUCGAAGAUAUUCUCCAGAUAUUGGAUUUCGCUUUAGGAGAUUACUCGCUCGAUGGUGAGGAUUGCAAUCGGAUUUCUAAACUGGCAUGCAAAAUUUUACUUUUUAAAACGACUAAAAAUUUGACGUAUGAUAUUAUUCGUCGUAUAUGGAAAGUUAAUAAAAUCUUGAAAAGUGAUGCUUUAACGAGUAGUUGCGUACUGUGGAUGGGGAAUAAUUUUCAGACGUCGUACAUCAAAGAUAUUGUUGAAAUUUUGUACGAAGUACAGGAGAAAGAAAAGCUGAGCUGGUUUCUUAAUAACUUGGGUGUUAGACUACCUGAUAAUAUUUUUCAAGUAUUGUAUGCCAGCGAAAACAUGCAGUUUGAGAAAUUAACGAAUCGAUGCAUGAAACGGUUUAUGGAAAACGAAUCUGUAUUGACGGAAGAAACUAUUACCAAGUUAUUGGAUUUCACUCGAGGAAAAGAGAAGUUCGAUCACGAACAUGGAAUCCUUUUAUGCAAGCGCAUGGUUGCCACAUGGCCUAAUGUGGACGAAUCGCAAUUCUGCACAAUUUCCUGCAACGUGCUGGAGAAUUUGCUCACGUUACCGAAUUUCUUUUCGAAAAAUCCCUAUAAAAUCCUGGAUGUUUGCGCGAAAUGGAUCGUUCACGAUGUAAAAAAUCGGUAUCGUUUGAUACCUAGGAUCGCCUUCAGUAUAAAUCGUAAUUGUACGAUGGAUCCCGAUGAUUAUAAAAUGACUGAAACUCCGCAAAAUUUGGAUAACUGCUCACAACUGACGAUUAAAAAUAAAUUAUGGGAAACGUUAUCUUUAACUUCAUUAGUUCCACGUUGUAACAAUACGACAGAUCUGGUUCUUAAAGAAAGCCCGUUAUUUAUUUACUCGUAUACGGGGUUGGAUGUCAAGGAAUUUAGAUGUGAUGUUUUGGACACCGAGUUGAACGUAAUAACGUCAUUGAAGUCACUUAGAUUUCAUUACGAGUGUACUCUUGGUCCAAAAUGUCCAAUCUCAGCCACUCUAAUCAAAGAUAAUUUAUUUGUGCUUUGUAAAAACUAUUAUAAAUCUGAUUUCUUCGUUUACAAUUUAUCCUCGAAGAAAUUCUACACUUUGAGCGGUAUUCCCCGAAUUCAUUCGCCCGGAAAGAGCACGUUAUUAAAUUGCAACAACCAAGUAUACUGUUGUUCCAGUGAAGAAAAUGAUAUAAUGAGAUACUACGUGGAAUUGAAUCGAUGGGAAGUGAUUUCGAAUGCAGAAAUUAAAGUGGCACGAGAUUCUGAUUUCAAAAAAAUAACUCUUUUCACCAGUGAUGGAACAAACCUGUACAGAGUUUUCAAUAUACCCAUCAAGGGAUCACGUUUUGCUUGCAAAUAUGUUGUACAAACGUGGAAUUUCAACCAAGGCAGAUGGAUUAUGCUGCCAGAUCUGCCUAAUUUGCCCGAUUCUCGUCAAUUCGAUGCCAAGCUGACCAACAUUAAAAAUGGCAUUGCCAUAUUAGUCCAGUGUAUGGUAUUUUUGUUCGAUCUGCAAUCACAAUCGUGGCGCCAUAUUGCACUUCCUUUGAGAGCUGAAAAUGGUUUCGAUCGGUAUGUUUCAUUCAUUACCCAUUACGAUGACGGUCUGUUGUACGCGUGUAAUGAUAAACUAUUUCAAUUGCGUGAUAUGCAAGGAGAAUGGGUAUUGAUAAAACAGUCACAAUUCAAAUUCGGUAAUGCAGGUUGUGAUGCUGAUAUGUCUCUCAUUCAUCGCUCCAGUAACGAAACGUGCACUACAGUCGGAUUGACUGAGAAAAAGAAAAAUAAGGAAAAGGAAAGGGUGAAAAAGAAAAGGACAAGAAGUGAACUUAACUCCAUUUGGAAGAAAUCACGUCUUUUAUCUUGAUAUUACCUACAUCUGAUAAUAUACUUUCCACUGUGUACUCGUAUGUAUAGGUAUUUGUUCUUGAAUUUAUCUAUGUACUUACCUUAUUGUUACUUAACAUACCUAUGUGUUCAUUAUACAAUUAUCACAAUAAUAAAUACUAUCUCUCUUUAUUUAA